AUGACGAAUGCGGACGACGACCAGACGACCAGGCUUACCCUGCCGCGGACACGCUCCAACUUUGCAACCCGUACAGCACGAGAUGAGAGUGCGCGACUGCAUCGACGCUCGUUCGUACAGCAUUCACCACCACCUGACGAGGAAACACCGCUUCUGCCAAGCAGUGGACGCCAGCUUCCAGCUGAUGCAGAUGCCUACGAUGGCGCUCAAGGGACGGGGAGCAAGCAGAGAGGGAUGAGCAGCUGGUUCUCGAGCAUCCUCCGGACGUCACGAUCCAAUUUAGCGAAGGAGCCAAAUAAUGACGGCAAACGACACUCAGUCAGCGAAACCACCAAACCAAGGCCUGGUGCUUUCCCCAGACCCGUUGGAGGUACCGACAAACUAGGCACUUUCGCUGGAGUUUUCGUACCGGUAACCCUCAAUGUCUUGUCGAUUUUGAUGUUUCUCAGAUUCGGCUUCCUUCUGGGUCAAGCUGGCUUGAUUGGCAUGAUGGGUAUGCUGAUAGCAGCUUAUGCCAUCAAUCUCUUAACUACGUUGAGUAUUUCCGCUGUUGCCACCAAUGGCACGGUUAGAGGAGGAGGCGCGUACUACUUGAUCUCCCGCAGCCUGGGGCCAGAGUUCGGCGGAUCGAUAGGCAUCGUCUACUAUCUUGGCUCAGUCUUCAACACCUCGCUCAACGCUGUCGGUCUCAUCGACUGUCUUAUCGAGAACUUCGGUAGCAAUGGAGGUGACAUGGCAGAGUGGCUACCUCAAAGCUACUGGUGGCAGUUCCUCUGGGCUACCUUGGUUCUAGCCGCGUGCACACUUAUCUGCCUUGCUGGAAGUGGGCUCUUCGCACGCUGCAGUAACGGCCUACUUCUAGUCUUGUUGGUCGCGACUAUCAGUAUUCCUCUGUCCGCUGUGUUCAGGCCUCCGUUCGAGAACCCAAAAGAAGACAUUGUUUUCACAGGCCUCAGCAUGGACACGUUCCGUCAGAACUUACUACCCCACUUCACGCGAGGAGCCGCGGGAAGUGUCGAUCAUCACCGAGAGAACUUCCAAGAUCUCUUUGGUAUUCUAUUCCCAGCUACGGGAGGAAUUCUGGCCGGUGCAAGCAUGAGUGGCGACCUCAAGCACCCAAGUAAAGCCAUCCCGAAAGGGACCUUGUACGGCAUAGGUCUGACCUUCAUUCUUUACACACUCGUUAUCUUCGCUAUGGCGGCGUCAAUAGCACGCGAAACUUUCUACAAUAACACAAAUGUCAUCCAGCUGACCAACAUAUCUGGCGCGGUCGUGCUUGCUGGCGAGAUGGCGACAUCCUUAUUCUCGGUACUCAUGGGUGUUAUUGGUUCAGCCAAGCUCCUCCAGGCUCUUUCUCGCGACAAUCUUAUUCCUGGACUUUCGAUCUUUGGACAGGGCACGAAGAAAUCUGAUGAGCCGAUCUACGCCAUCAUCAUCACUUUUAUCAUCGCUCAAAUCACAAUGUUUGCCGACAUCAAUCAGAUUGCUUCAUUCAUCACAAUGACAUAUCUCAUGACAUUUCUCGUUACCAACUUGGCCUGUUUCUUACUCAAGAUCGGUUCUGCCCCAAACUUCCGGCCCUCCUUCCACUACUUCAACUGGCCCACAGCUGCUGUUGGGACGGUUGUCUGUGGAGGUACCAUGUUCUUCGUCGACGGCUUCUAUGCAUCUGGAUGUGUAGCUCUGCUCAUGAUUAUCUUCCUGCUGAUUCACUACACUACCCCACCUAAGCCAUGGGGUGAUGUGAGUCAGGGUCUCAUCUAUCACCAAGUGCGAAAGUACCUGCUGCGCUUGCGUCAAGAGCAUGUCAAGUUCUGGAGACCCCAGAUCUUACUCUUGGUCAAUGAUCCGCGGCGGCAGUAUAAAUUGAUCCAAUUCUGCAAUUCGCUGAAGAAGGGAGGUCUCUUCGUACUUGGGCACGUCAUUGUCUCUGAUGACUUCGGGGAAGCUGUGCCAGAAGCAAGACGACAACAGCAGUCUUGGACAAAGUAUAUCGACUUCUCCAGGAUCAAAGCGUUCGUGAACAUCUCUAUAUCUCCUGCCGUCGAGUGGGGCGCUCGCAACCUUGUUCUGGGUGCAGGGCUAGGUGGUAUGCGGCCAAACAUAGUUGUCAUGGGCUUCUAUAACCUACCCGAGAUGAGGCAAGCGCAGCCUUCCAUUGGCAUACCUUCGCCCCAACCAUCACGCCCAUCCAGCAAAGCUACGAACCAUCCCAUCUCUCGGAAAGCAAUCCAAGCAGCAGCCAGGCGACGCGUCACAGGAAACACCCAUAGCAUGCUUCCCACCGAUGCUAUGAAACCAGAAAACGCAAUUGCUAUACGCAGUUAUGUCACUGUUAUCGAAGACCUGAUUCUCCGGUUGCAAGCAAAUGUCGCUAUAGGCAAGGGGUUCCAGGAACUCGAGGUGCCCCCUACCAAGCCUACGGUGAAACAAAAAGCGUUCAGCUUCAUUGGUCUUAAUGACAUUGAUAUCGAGGAUUCGUCAAAGAUGUACAUUGAUCUCUGGCCGAUUCAAAUGUCAGCCGAGGUCGCUACUACUGGCGAUGAGCCAAUCCGCAAGAAUGUACUGACCACGAAUUUCGACACGUAUACACUCAUCCUGCAGCUUGGAUGCAUCUUACACACGGUACCGUCUUGGAAGCGCAUGUACAAGUUGAGAGUCUGUGUUUUUGUGGAGUAUGAGACGGACGUCGAGGAAGAGCGAAGUCGCGUUACUACAUUGCUGCGUAAUCUGCGCAUUGAGGCUGAAGUCCACGUCUUCUGGUUGUCCUCCGGAGAUUUGAGCAUGUAUGAAGUCAUCAUCAACGGAAGAGAUGAUGGUCACCUUGAUCAGACUGGUCGUGAUAUCGAUUACUCGCUGGAAGACGAGCGAUGGUGGCAAGACAUCAAACGACUGCGUCAGCCCGAGAGUUUGAGUGCGAGCCAGGAACUAGCACAGACUGUCGAUAUUCUUGAAGCCGUCACCAGUUGGCCUAUUGCCUCGUUCCAACAUGGUAGGCAAGAGACGAACCCAAAGCGCUUCUCAGCCCUGCGCAAGAUGCUACGUAAAGCAAAAAGUAGAACGUCUGUUGGCAAUCUUGGGGACGGGGCAAGGGCCAAAAUGCAAAGCCAAAGAAUACCAGUCCAGCUACUUGAAGACAGCGAUAGCGACACUCAACCAUCCUCAGCCGGCGGAAGGGAAGACGAUGCUGAUGACGAAGCAAUGGCUUCUGAUAGCGAGGCAGUCGUUAGUGGCAGCAACUUCGACGAAUACGACUUGGAUGCAUCGAGUGAUGAGAGUGAUCAGAACGGGCAGAGAAUGUCACUAAGAAGACGCAAAACGGCACCCAGCACCUCUUUCUUCACCAGGCAGCUGGAUCUCCGUAAGACCAUUUGGAAAAGUUCACGGAAGGACAGUACCUCGCAGAAAGAUGACCGGCCGACCACACAGUCGGUGACACCGCUCAAACCGCACCCAGACGCCGUUGCCUCUGACACAGCUAUUCUUCACGCCGGAGAGCGAGCCCAGCCCCGAAGUGUAGCCAGUUCAUCCUCUCAGCGCUCUGGAUCCUCACGAGCCGCUGUCAAACCGCCUACAAUGCGUCGGCAGUCACUGCCCAAGUUCACAUCGAAUCCAACUCCCCGAACAGCGAUAUCAUCGGAAGAAACGGCCGGCCCAUCGAUAACAUUCGUCGAUACGCCCAAACCAGCAACAGCCAACAAACAAGAUCCCAUUGUGACAUCUGGGGAGCCCUCUCAACUCGCCGCAGAGAAUACACCAGCAAAUUCCAGUCCCCACUCAGCCGCAGCAUCGUCUCACCAACCUACGGACACGGGUACGGCCUCCCCAGCUUCCGGAUUUCCUGCCCAACAAGCCAUCCCUCUCUCCUUCAACGACCUACCGUGUCGCGCUCAACAUCUUAUCCUGAAUGAGCUUAUACGAAAACACUCUGAUGAAACGGCAGUUGUGUUUACUACGCUUCCUAGUCCUAUGGAGGGUACUUGUGAAAGUGAGGCAGAGAGUGUCAAAUACAUUAGCGAUUUGGAGGUCCUAUGCCAAGGCUUACCGCCGGUGCUGUUGGUGCAUAGUAAUAGUAUGACCGUCACUAUGAAUUUGUAG